CCAGGAAGACCCGGGCCUUCGGGCGGAAGUGGCGGGACCCGAAGGCCUUGGAAGGCCGGAGUGGGCGUCGCGGGGGUUUGCACCAACUGACUCGUAAUCGGCGCUCCUGCAUCUGCCCACCUCCUCCGCACCCUGCUCCGGGUCGUCAUGAAGGACUCGCUGGUGCUGCUGGCCCGCGUCCCGGCACACCCGGACUCCCGCUGCUGGUUCUUGGCCUGGAACCCCGCGGGAACCUUGCUGGCGUCGUGCGGUGGUGACCGUAGAGUCCGCAUCUGGGGAACAGAAGGUGACAGCUGGAUCUGCAAAUCUGUCCUUUCCGAAGGCCACCAGCGCACUGUGCGGAAGGUGGCCUGGUCUCCCUGUGGCAAUUACCUAGCCUCUGCCAGUUUCGAUGCUACCACGUGCAUUUGGAAGAAGAACCAGGAUGACUUUGAGUGUGUAACGACUCUGGAGGGCCAUGAAAAUGAGGUCAAGUCAGUGGCCUGGGCUCCUUCUGGCAACCUCCUUGCCACCUGCAGCCGAGAUAAGAGUGUGUGGGUCUGGGAAGUUGAUGAAGAAGAUGAGUAUGAAUGUGUCAGUGUCCUCAACUCUCAUACACAGGAUGUCAAGCAUGUGGUUUGGCACCCAAGCCAAGAGCUGUUAGCCUCUGCCAGCUAUGAUGACACAGUGAAGCUCUACCGGGAGGAGGAGGAUGAUUGGGUAUGCUACGCCACCCUUGAAGGCCAUGAAUCCACGGUGUGGAGCUUAGCCUUUGACCCCAGUGGCCAGCGCCUGGCGUCUUGCAGUGAUGACCGUACUGUGCGUAUCUGGCGCCAGUAUCUACCAAACAACGAGCAAGGGGUGGCAUGCAGCGGCUCUGACCCCAGCUGGAAAUGUAUCUGCACUUUGUCAGGCUUCCACUCCAGGACCAUUUACGACGUUGCUUGGUGUCAGCUGACAGGGGCCCUGGCCACAGCUUGUGGGGAUGAUGCCAUCCGUGUGUUUGAGGAGGAUCCCAGCUCAGAUCCACAGCAGCCCACCUUCUCCCUGACAGCCCACUUGCCUCAGGCCCACUCCCAGGAUGUCAAUUGUGUGGCCUGGAACCCUAAGGAGCAGGGGCUCCUGGCCUCCUGCAGUGACGACGGGGAGGUGGCCUUCUGGAAGUAUCAGCGACCAGAAGGCAUCUGAGCUACCUUGACCUUGGAGAGCUACCUUGACCUUGGACAGAAUCAUGGCUUCCCAAAAAAUGCCAUAAGACUUUCCCAGCCCCAAGAGGACCUAGAAAAGCAUCCUUGACCUUCGCUUAACUUGGCUCUCUUCCAUUCACACUUGGGUAGAAGUACAGAGUCACAGAACUGCUCACUCUCCCCAUCCUUUGACAUGGGACCCUUGGUAAAGAGCUACAGAACAUCCGGUGCAUUGUGGUCAUGCCACAGAUCUUGCUUGAGGGCAGUGUUAAGUUUUGGGGGAUGAAUAUCGUAUUUAUAAUCACCUUAUCUCUAUGUAGAAAGGAUGCCUCUUAGGCCUUUCAGAAAUUGGAAGCUUUGUAGAAAUAGGUCGAGUCCCAAGUCCAAUUUUAUAAGGACAUUCACAAUUUAAAAGAAUUCCAUGGUGAGUCCUUUUCUGAAAUUGGUCCUGCCUUCCUGAUUUCUGGAUAAUCCUUACAGAUAAGAUGUUCAAAUCAAGGUUGAAGGAAACUUUUUAACGUAGGCUGGUUUAGAGUAAGAUACACUUCUGCUUUCCCUUAGAAACCCUCGUGUAUCUUCUGUGCCAUAUGCUGUGGUGGCAACUGAAAAUGCUGAAAAAUAAAUGAAGACAUGAACACUAAAAGUUAUUAUUGGCUAGGCUGUACAUUCUCAGUGGGGCUAAAAAUUAGUUUCUGAAAAUUUUAGCAAAAAAAAUCUAAGAGACCGUUUGUGACCCUCUAAAGGGCCACCAGUUAUUAAAUUUUCAUGGUGGGGGCAAGUAGGAAAAAGAUGGCUAAUGAGGCUCAUUAGAGGCAUAAUGAAAAAAGGUAGAGAAUCACUCCAUAGGCAAUCAGUUCUUCAGUGUCACCCAAGUUGUCUUCUGCAAGUCACUUCCAAAUGGGUUUUGACUUGAGGACCAUCCUCAGAGCUACAGCCUUCGCCUGAUUUUUUACACCAUGAAAAUUAUGACCUUAGACUUUGAAAACACACCUGAGGCAACACCUAGCACAAUAGCUCUCAGAGUGUGGUCCCAAGAGUCUUUCAGGAGAUCUGAGAGGUCAGCUGUUGGCACCUUGGCAGGAAUCAAGGCAGUGGCAGCCAACACCAGUGGUCAUGGUCUUCAGCCGCCUUGCUCUCCUGGUAAAAAAAAUACUGGUAACCUCACUUAGAAAUAUCCUGGAUAGAACCAAUAAAAAGUUUGUUAAAUCUUGACCCCUAAGAAUGAGCUAAUAUUCUGACAGUGGAAAGCAUGAUAAAGCCAUUCUGUACACUGAAGGUGGUCUCGACAAAAAGUUGUACAGUUGAGGUACAAGCUGAUUUAGGUCUUCAUGGCAUACCAUUUUUACUUCAACUAGCAAAUUGUUAUUUAGAACUGGCUAUUUGGCAGACAUUUGCUGGGAAACAGAUGGAAUGAGACUUUCACUUCAAGGGAAACUGACAGUGUUGCCAGUGAAAAAAUAGAGCUCUCAAGCAAAAAUUAGACUUGUAUUGCCACCAUGAACUUGACAUCUUCCCAACACUUAAGACUUUUCUGAUGAGAUUGGUGGUACUAACAGAUGUGAUUUGUAUGAUGAAACGGGUCAUUUGGAAGAUUUGCCUAAAUCCAUGAACCAACAUUUUUCAAAUGAGUAAGGCGCGAUGUCACGAAAUCAU